AUGGCGGCGACUGCGACGGCGGCGCGGCGGCACACCGACGGCCGCGGUGGCGACGCCGCGCGGGGCGGUGCGGCUCUCCGCGCAGAGGCCAAGGGCAAGAAGGCCCCGGAGGCCGCCCUAGGGGGCGAGCCUGACGAGACGACGUCUCGCAGAGCUGGCGUGAAUGAAGCUGGCAUCCAGCCGCCGCACGCCGCCGCGUGCCGCGUCGCGAAGCGCGCGGCGCCAAAAGUGGCCCGUGCCGCCGUGCCCUGCCGCCGCCGCGGCGGCCGCCGCGGCGCGGCCACGGCUGCCGCCGCCGCCGCCGCGGCGCGGGUCUGCGGCAGUGGUUGGCCCCUGCUCCAGCCGCCGCUGGGCACUGCACACGCGUCGCACGUCUGGGCCGGCGCCGCCUGCUACCUGCGGCGCCCCGCCGGGGGCGCGCCGAGCGCGCCCGUCGCCGCACGGCCCGUCGGCGGCCUCGUGGUGCCCCUCGACCCGCUGCUGCGUCCCGCCAGGGCGCCCGCGGGCGCGCAGGCGCGGGAGCUGGGCGAGGGCGGCUCCGAGGGCUCGAGCGCGGCAGAGCGUGCGCGUGUGUGUGCGCGGCCCUCCGCGGAGGGGGGGCCGGCGGCCCUCCGCUCCGGGGUGGUGCUGGACGUGGCGGGGGGCAAGGGCGACCUCAGCUGGCUGCUCCGCAACGCCGACGGCAUCGACGCGGUCGUCGUCGACCCGCGCAGGACCGACCACUCGAAGCUGGAGAGGACGGCGCUCUGGUACUCUAGGAACCCGGCAGCGGCUGCAGAGCAGGCGGUGGGCGGAGAGGCCAGCGAGGGGCAGUGCCUGGCCCAGCUGGCGCUCCAGCCGCCCUACGCGGCGCCCGGGCACCUGCGCUGCCACCUCGACGCCGGGCUCCUGGCCGCGCUGGAGCAGUCCGAGUCCGACCCCGCGGCGUGGGACUCCGACGUCUUCUGGGAGGCCGCGUCCGCCCGCGCGCUGGAGGAGGAGGAGCGGGCGCGGGGGCACCACCAGCCGCCCCCCGCCGACGCCGCGGCCGCCGGCGCCCGCGUGGCCGACGCCGCGCGGGCGCGCGAGUUGCUGACCUCGGCCCGCCUGGUCGUCGGCUUCCACCCGGACCAGGCGACGGAGGUGAGUGCAGCACAGCUUCGGAGUGCUCAGGCGUGCGUGGACCUCGCGCUGGCGCUGGGCGUGCCGUGGGUCGUGUGCCCGUGCUGCGUCUUCGCGGCGGAGUUCCCCGGCCGGGAGCUCGACGGGCAGGUCGUGCACUCCUACGACGCGUUCCUGCGGUACCUGCGGCGCAAGCACCCGGACCCGAGGGCCGAGGACGGCACGCGCGCGCGGCGAGCUGUGCAGCUGCAUGAGCUCGCCUCCCUCCUGAGAGGGGCCCUCGGGGCGCCCAGGCCCCUCGACGCCGCGGCUGCGUGCGGCUCGGGCACCCUGCGAGGAUGGACUGCGGGAGGGGUCGCGCUCUGCAUCCUCUCCACAAGCAUGCGCUUGUCGGCGCCUUCUUUCAGCUAUAGUGCUUUCCUUCUUUACUGCUUCGAGGACAUCAGGGCCCGCAGGGCCGUGCUCUUCACCCUGCCGGAGGACCUCGGCGCCGCGGCCGGCGACCGCCAGGUCCCCAGCAAGCCUCCGCCGGUGCACCACGAGGUGUCUGGCGCGCGGGUGGUGCCGAUGGAGCGGCUGCUGGACCCGGAGGUGCAGGUGCCGAUCGGCAUCGUCGGCGACAAGAAGCGCGCCGGGGCCUGCACGGCCGUGACAGGCGGCGCGCCUGCCGGCGAGGCGCGCCCGGCCAGCGGCGGCGACACGCUGGUCACCACUUACGGCCCCGUCGGCGCGCCCGGGGCCAGCCUGCAGAUUCGGGUGACCCUCUUCGCCGGCGACCCCGCAGAGGAGUUGAGAGCCCCGACGCCUGCUGCGGAGGACCCCAAGGCAAAGAAGAAGAGCAAGAAGUGA